GACAGAGACGCCCGCAAACUCUCCAGCCGACUGCAGUCAGCCCGGCACGAGUUCAUCUUCAGCUCAACACCUUGUCGUGAGGGAGACCAGCUUCAUGUUCUCCAGCAGCGCGGAGGAGCUGACGGUGCCCGAGCAAACCUCCGUCUCUGAGCUGGCCGACAGCGGCCGCGGGAGCUGGACCUCCUGCUCUAGUAACUCCCACGACAACCUCCAGACUCUUCCAGGCCAGCGAGCUCUGGACCUGCUCAACCAUCGCCACACGCCCAUGGGUGGCCCGAUCGCCGAGGUGGAGAUCGGCCCGGGUUUGCCAGAGGACAGCUGCUCCAGAGACGGAUCUGAGCUCAGUCAGUCCAGACAGAGCUGGACGUCCUGCAGUUCCCUGUCGGACACCUACGAGGGCAGCUACGGCACCGUCAAACGCAAGACACAAGAUCAGCAAAGCACAGACGCUUCGUACAAGACGAUCACGUCCAGCACAGAGAAGGGACUCAUAGUGUACUGUGUAACGUCACCCUGCAAAGACGAUAGGCUCAAAGCGCCGCCCCCGACUCCGCCGGGGUACCAAGGCCUGACGCUGGGCGACGCGCAGGACGGAGGAGCCUUGCGGCCGGCCCACGUAAAGCCGCCCGAGUAUAGCGUGGCCUUGCAGAGGUGCAAGCUGCGACACAGCCUGUCCAGACCGCCCAGUGUUACUCUCCAUUCUCACGCUGAUAGUGAGGAGGAUGAGCAAGUUUCUGCCGUGUGACUGGACGUCAGCGCUUCACGGACACUCCUGCGUUAAACUCCAGGUUCGUGCCAGAGAUGGUACUCUACAGGUUUGCAGCAUCUUUGAGGUCAUUUAACGACAAAACAAGCCUAUUCUUGAUCAUCGACCAACUCGAGACGGACGUUUUUUCAGUGACCGGUGAAGAAAGAUCUCGCAGAAAUGAAGCCUCCGCCGUCUCUCCAAAUGCUUCCUUAAGCUGACGUAUUAUUUUUCACCCACCUGUCACGCACUUUUCACCAUCCACUCAGUUCCUCUCGGAGAAAACCGAUUUGAUUGAGCGUCACACCGUGUGCAUGCAGCACCUCUUGUACCCAACACAGAUCAAACAUGCUUCAGAGACAAACCUUUAUGGUACUUUAAUGAUGCACACUCUUCUGGUUUGCUCGUGAAGUCGAACAAGCUUUGUGAGAUCAGGACGGAUCAUGAUUUCAGCAUCUGACGUGUUUACACACAUUCUCGGUUUACAGUGUUUCUUCUCGCUGAAAUACGCAUCGUGCUGCGUCUGCCUGUUUUUUUUACGCAAUAAGGAUGGUGCGGAUGCGUCGUCUGAUUUGUACAGUCUCAGCUAUUGGAUUUGCUACUCCUGUCGUUGUACAUAGUGAACGAGAUCGAUAUGCUUGUCAAGGGAAAAUAUAUUUAUAUGCUAGAUGUGCAUUUUCAUUCCUUGUUAGCUCAUGCUCUUUGGACGAGAAAUUUUGUAUAGAAUGCAAAAACGGUUUAAUAGCUGUUGCUCUCUGUAAGCAAAUAAAUACAUUUGUACAUGAACUAAACCUUAGAUGUAUAGGGUUGAAAUGAAACAAAUAAAUGUAUUAUAUUAAGGGACAUAACUGGAGUAUUACAUUUUUAUCAUUACCUGUCUGGACCCAGAUGCUUUUCUUCUUGUUAUUUUUUAGUAUGUGUUGUAUUGUCAACAGCAUUGAUUGUAUUAAUGAUAUAAGCAUAAGGGUUUUUUUACUGUAUGUUUUGUUGUAAAUUAAUGUUACUGAUCAUGUACAGCUGAGAAGAGAGUGCGCUAUAUAAACUGUAUUUUCACUAUUUUGUUGAAAUAAAUCUGGGGUUGUGGCUGCUCCUGUUACUGGGCAGAAGUUAUUCGUUUCCCUAAACUCUGCUAGUAAUGAUACGGGUUCAGUGUUACCGCCUUUCAAACUGCCUCAUCUUUGUACUUUUUGUUCAUAAAUA